AUGUCUGCUGAAUUAACCUUCGAUAAAGUAAAAAGUCAUUCCUAUAACCUUGCAUUAGCUAACAAUUUAAAGUUGGCCUUGGCCAUUGAAUACUGCACCAAAGAUUUAAAAAUCAAGAUCAACCGUGAUGAUCCUAAUAGUGAGCCACAGUUAGUUAGUGAUAAAGUGACUCUUUUUGACACUAAUGCUAUUUUGAGAUAUGCAAUGAACGAUUUUGAAGGCCAAGAUUCGGAAGAAUAUCAAUACAUUUUAACUAGAUUAUGUCUUCCAACGGAGAUAGAUCAUUCCAAAGCUACCCAUGCUUUAAACACCUUCAUUCUUAAUAACAUCAAGGAACCAAUUACAGCUACUAGAUUGAUCACUAUUGCCACUGUAUACUCCUUAAUUCCAGAUGAAUUCAAAGCUACUGGUCUUUUAGAACAACUCCCCGCUCAGAUCCAAGUGGCUAUCGAAGAAGCUGUUAAAAAUACGCCACGUUCCUCAACCCAAUUUAAACACACUGGUGCUACCAACAUUAAACCAGGUUUCCAAGUCAGAGAUUUAGGUUUAGAAAUCUUGCCAAAGGAUGGGGAAAGAAAUAUUCUUAUUACUUCUGCUUUGCCCUAUGUCAAUAAUGUUCCUCAUUUGGGGAAUAUUGUUGGAUCUGUACUUUCUGCUGAUAUUUUUGCUCGUUACUGUAAAUCAAGAAAUUAUAACGCUUUGUUCAUUGGUGGUACAGAUGAGUAUGGUACUGCCACAGAGACUAAAGCUUUAGAAGAAAAGGUGACACCACGUGAAUUAUGUGAUAAAUAUUACAAGAUUCAUUCCGAUGUUUACAAGUGGUUCCAAAUCGGGUUUGAUUACUUCGGUAGAACUACAACUGAUUUACAAACAGAGAUAUCACAGGAUAUCUUUUUGAAAUUAAACAAAAACGGUUUCUUAGAAGAACAAUCUAUGAAACAAUUGUAUUGUCCAGUCCAUAACUCUUUCUUAGCAGACAGAUAUGUGGAAGGUGAAUGUCCAAAAUGCCACUAUGACGAUGCUAGAGGUGAUCAAUGUGAUGGUUGUGGUGGUUUGUUGGAUCCAUUCGAAUUAAUCAACCCACAUUGUAAGUUGGAUAAUGCCACUCCAAUUCCAAAAGUUUCGGAUCACAUAUUUUUAUCUCUUGAUAAACUAGAAUCACAAGUAGUUAAUUGGGUCAACAUCUCCUCAGAAAAGGGUCAAUGGUCCAAGAACUCUAAGACUAUCACAAAUUCUUGGUUAAAGGAUGGGUUGAAGCCACGUUGUAUUACAAGAGAUCUUGUCUGGGGUACUCCUGUCCCACUAGGGAAGUUCAAAGAUAAGGUUCUUUAUGUUUGGUUUGACGCCACUAUUGGUUAUGUAUCGAUUACCGCUAACUAUACAAAGAAUUGGGCUCAAUGGUGGAAAAACCCAGAAAACGUCAGAUUAUAUCAAUUCAUGGGUAAAGAUAACGUUCCAUUCCAUACAGUUGUCUUUCCAGCUUCUCAAUUAGGUACUGGCGAAAAGUGGACCAUGUUACAUCAUUUGAAUACCACUGAAUACUUACAAUACGAAGGUGGCAAAUUCUCCAAGAGUAGAGGUAUCGGUGUCUUUGGUAACAAUGCUCAAGAAUCUGGUAUCUCUCCAAGUGUGUGGAGAUACUAUUUAGCAUCUGUUAGACCUGAAUCAAGUGAUUCUCAUUUUUCAUGGGAUGAUUUUGCCAUUAGAAAUAACAGUGAGUUGUUGGCUAAUUUAGGUAACUUUGUUAACAGAUUAAUCAAAUUCACCAAUGCUAAAUAUAACGGUGUUAUCCCAGAAUAUGAUCCAAGAAAUAUCGAGAACUAUGAUACUGUUGUCAAAAAUAUUGAUUCAAUCUUAGCCAGCUAUAUUAAGGAAAUGGAAGUGGCUCAUGAAAGACGUGGUUUGGAAAUUGCUAUGAACUUAAGUGCUCGUGGUAACUUGUUCUUGCAAGAAAAUAAAUUGGACAACACCUUGUUCGCUCAACAACCAGCUAAAGCCGAUGCUGUUGUUGGUGUUGGUUUGAACAUUAUUUACACCGUGGCCUCAGUUAUAUUCCCAUUCAUGCCAGAAACUGCUGAAAAGAUUUUUAAGAUGUUGAAUGCUCCACAAUUGAAGAUUGAUGACACAUUCCACUUAGUUUUACAAGGUGGCCACAACAUUAAUCAAGCUGAAUACUUAUUCAAACGUAUUGAACAAAAGGAUGUCGAUGCAUGGAGAGCCAAGUAUGGUGGAAAACAAGAAUAG